AUGUCUUCAAGGGUGACCAUGCGAAGCCUUCAUAUUUACCCGAGGAAGGAAAGAGUAUUCCCCUUUCAAGACACACAACCGGUCCCUGUUUUUAAGGAAAGAAAACCAAUUGCUAAGCGUCAUGUUCUGCGACAGAUCUACAUGUACGUCUACAUGAUUCACAUCGCCGCCAACGCAGUAGCAGGAAGCAUCCACACAAAAUCCAUGAUGUACCUCAUCGAAACUAUGACCCAUACCCUGCGCAUCAUUGUGGCGACAGUUACAACAACCUACAGUCUGGUGAAGCGAGACAGCAUCGAUAGGAUCGCAAAAGACCUGCAGAGCUUCGAAGGCCCCGUGCCGGAAGAACUCCUGGCAAAGUCACGGAGAAAGCUGAAAUACCUCCGACUCUCUGCUCUACUCUACUGCGUUCUUUUAAUUGUGACAACUGCUCUCUUCUUUGUCCUAGUACCAGCACAAAAGUACUUCGACAAGAACUUCUAUCGCAUCGACCUCGAAAGCGCUGGUAUUUCCAUGAUCUGGGCGAUUCUGAUCGGACUCGUGGAAUGGAACUCAUACAACUGUAUUGCUACCGCUACUCCUUUGCUUAUCGCAUCUUACGUCGUGCUGUGCGACAACCUUCGCAUCCAAAUGCUGGACUUCAGGGCGUUUCAGAGGGCUGCGUUGGAGAGCGGCCCCAUGACUGUCGAGAAGUUGGGGAAGAUCCAAGUGAAGUGCGCAAACUUGCUGGACAUGGAAAGGAGAUUAGAAGCCCUGUUUGCUCCGGCAGUGUCUCUGUGGAUUGGUGACCUUCUUGUGAACAUAGUGCUUCCAAUCCGUACCCUGGUUAACGGCAUAGCGUCAUUUACGGUCGCCAACGUGAUGUCCUUCUUCAUAGAAGUCGUCUAUUCAGUGUGUUUCUUCCUCAUACUCUCGUUUUCAUUGGCCGAUAUUGAGGAUGAAUACAGGGAGAUAGAAGAAGAGUUGUUCCGACUCAGAAAUGCCGUUCCCGUUGAUGACUGGCAGCUUUGUCAGCAGGUCAUUCUUCUGCAGUCGGGGAUCACAUCGUCGACAUUUACGCUAACUGGAUGGGGCCUCUUCGAAGUUGAUAGAUCGUUUAUUCUUACUAUUGUUGGGGCUGUGGCAACGUACACUGUCAUUCUGGUGCAACUUACACCCGGAGAAGAGAACUAUUAGGAGUAGUGUCGCGCACACUCUGCUGUAAAGAGAAUAGUGAGUUUUAGUAUAACGUACGCUGUCGCCUUUGUGUACGUAAGGGGUAGAGUUGGUUAUGUUCUGCGCACGCGCAGAACAUGAAGAGCGCAUUGCGGAGGACCACCAUGGUAUCCCUUACGUACGGAACACGACAGCGUACGUUAUACUAAAACUCACUAUUGACCCUAUUGACGAAAGCACUCGGUAACGUAGCACUGUGUCUUGUGUUGUGCAAUAAACCGUGUUGCAAAAUACGUCGGUCUGUUACCAU